AUUUACGUUAUUCGGAAAUAUUGAGCAGUCUAUCGAUAGUGAGCCAAUGCGAUGUAUCGAUGAUUUUGCAGCUGCUAUAUUGUUUACAUCAUUUUUGGUUUUGUUUAAACAAACUUUGCCGAAAAUUAUUUGUUUGCAAGACACCAAUAAAUAUUAUGUCAUUGGCCACUGCACACUUGGCGCGCCAGCGCAUGCAACGUCUGUUGAGGACAACAAUGUGCCAUCUUAGCGCCUCAGCGACUGUUGCCACCGAACGAACCGAUUCCCAGCUGUUAACCCCCGACGACUAUGCGGCCCUUCUGUCGCCAGAGCAGCAGAAGCGCUGCAUGGAGAAGAUGCGCAAUCUGCCGGCCUUUCCCCGACCAAAAUCCUUGACACCCAAUGGGCGAGAAAAUCUGUCGGCCUCCGUGCUCAUUGCUCUUUGCCAGGAACGGGGCACGGACGAGAUCUCGCUGCUUUAUACGCGCCGCUCCCGCCACUUGCGUAGCCACAGCUUCCAGAUCUCCUUUCCGGGCGGCAAACGGGACGAAAGCGAUGCAAGCUAUGUGGACUGUGCGCUGCGCGAAACGGAAGAGGAAAUUGGGCUGCCUCGCGAACGCAUCCAGGUGUGGGGGGAGGCAAGGCCCCUAUAUUUGCCCCGUACCUCUGCCAUUGUGCCUGUGGUCGGCGUUGUGGCCGACUUUCACAUCUCUGAGCUGCGCCUGAACUGGGAGGAGGUGGAGGAAGUCUUCUGCAUACCGCUCCACACACUGAUGGCACCCAAGGCGGCGCGACACACGCAAUUCCGCAGCGGCUACAGUGGUCCCGUCUUCGUGGUCGAUCAGUACCGCAUCUGGGGCAUCACUGGCUACCUGACCCACCUCUUUCUGCACUGUCUGCUGCCGCCCAGCCUUCUGCCCGACUCCCUCAAGACGAAUAUCAAAUUUGUGCGUCCCUUCAAAAUUCCCCCGAAACCAGGGCAUCAUCAUUCGGACCCAUCAAUGGCCAGCUAGUUGGGCAAAUCAGACUCGGGCGUUCCACUCAAUUUGAUUCGAGUUGGGAUGAUCAGUCGCCAAAGAGCUCGUGUUCAGUGUGUGCUGUUAUGUGAAAAGCUUUUUUUGUAAAAUUUAAUAAAGCUGUUGUUGAUUUUUA